UGUUGCGGUAGUUUGAGUUGCAGUUUGUGAAGCCAGAAAGGAGAAGGACAGCAUGGUGCGGAUUACAGAGGAUUUGAUUAGGAAGCGUGCAGAGCAUAACAAUUGUGAAAUUUUUUCACUAGAAGAAAUUUCCUUACAUCAGCAAGAAAUCGAGAAAAUCGAAUACAUUGACAAAUGGUGCAAGGAGCUGAAAAUCCUUUACUUGCAGAACAACCUGAUUGCCAAAAUCGAAAAUGUCGGCCGGCUGAAGAAACUGGAGUAUCUGAAUCUUGCUUUAAACAAUAUUGAGCGCAUUGAAAAUCUGGAAGGAUGUGAGAGUUUACAGAAGCUGGACUUCACAGUGAACUUCAUUGGAGAACUGAGCAGCGUCGAGUCCCUGCAAAACAACAUCCACCUGCAAGAGCUGUACCUAGUGGGCAAUCCUUGUACCGACUUUAAGGGCUACAGAGAGUUUGUGGUGGCCACACUGCACCAGCUGAAGUUUCUAGAUGGCAAGAAGAUUGAGAGAUCCGAACGUAUUAAAGCAACGCAGGACCUGCCAACGAUACGGCAAUGGAUCCGAGAGCAGGAGGAGAUGCAUCUAAAGAGGAGAGUCCAGGAGAAGCAUGAGGCUGAAAGGAAUCUGGAGAACAAAAACAGAAGCAAAUCAAAAACUCAGUCUGAGAAGCAAGGUGCCGUCAUCGGUCAGGAGAGCAAUAAGGAAGGAAAAUUGCCUGAAAAAGUCCAGACUGAGGAAGAGCACAUCAGUGACGCUGAUGAAGAGGAGAGUGACAAGGAAUUCUGGGAGAAGCCAACGCAGUUUACUCCCGAGUCCAGGAUUGAAACACACAGGCACAUGGAGGAGAAGCGCAAGGCUAAAGAGGCACAAAGUGAAGCGACUAAAAAGAAGAAGCCACCGAGGACGCUGAUCACUGCAGAUGGACGAGCGUUGAACGUAAACGAGCCAAAAGUGGAUUUCUCCUUGACUGAAGAUGAUGACCAAAAUCAGAUUAUCCUGGAUUUGGCAAUCUACAGGUUUUUGGAUACAUCCUUGAUUGAUGUUGAUAUUCAGCCUUCAUAUGUAAGAAUAAAAGUUAAAGGGAAGGUAUUUCAGCUAGUGCUCCCUACAGAAGUGAAACCGGACAGCAGUUGUGCAAAAAGAUCCCAAACUACUGGUCAUCUGGUCAUCACUAUGCCUAAGGCUUUGGACAUCAUUAAAACUCGAUUGAAAGAGUCCUCACCGUCUAAGCAGCAGCCAUCUUCAGCAGUGAACAAGCUAGAAAGAACAUCAACACAAAUGGAAAAGUUAGAAGUGGAUCCCAGCUGCCAUUCCCGGCUCAACUUGGCUGACAUUGUGCAGAACAAGAAGUCCAACAGUCCAGGACCCUUGAAGUUACAACCUGUGGUGACGGACGUCUCAAAGAGUGGAAAUGGAGAAUUUGAAGAUGACCCUGAUGUUCCACCAUUAAUUUAACAAGAUUUUGAACUCCAUCCAUCCAUUUUCCAACCCGCU